AAAUCAGACCCGACCUCAAAGCCGUCCAACUUUACGAUAAGGACGGGAACGUUGCUAAGGCUGGACGGCAAUGAGUACCCGGUGGCCAAAAUUGUGCAACACCCGCAGUGGAACUAUUGGGGCUUCAAGAACUCGGACAUUGCCCUGAUGAAAAUAAACGGCACCAUCGAUAUGGGUGAAAAUAUCAAACCAAUCGAUUUGCCCAAGACACUAUUUGAGGAGCCCGUGAGAGAGCACGUGAUUGUGGCAGGGUGGGGCAAACAGUUCCUAAAUAGCUCCGUCACACUGUUGUUGGCCAACGAGUUUAAGCUUAAUGUAAUACCGAAUGGCCGGUGCGCACAGGCCUACACAUCCAUUCAGUAUAUGACUUAUAAGUCCCAGUUGUGCACAUGGAAUCGCAAUCAAACAGUGUGCGAGUUUUCGCAAAUGUCAGCCAAACCUCUGCAAUACCGGUCAUCGGCUGUCAAUGACAUGUCUGUCACCAACGGAUCCAAUGGUUUGACAGGAAAUGAAAGCCAAAGACAACGUCCAGAAGAGGAUAAAGAGGAAGAAAAUGAUGACAACAACGAUAAAAGAGGAUUAGUUUUAAGUGAAAAACAGAUGCAUUUCCUACGCUAUGAGCCCUAUCUCUAUAACUGUUAUGUCAGCUCUUUUAUGGAGAAUAUGUUUCUGCAAAAAUUCUGGUUUAAACUAUCCCAGUACGUGCCAAUAUCGAUAGCACCAUGCACAAUCACAUGCAUCGGGCUGAUCAUCAAUUUGAUCACAAGCGCCACACUAUUCUACUACUCACCCGAUGCUAAACAAACCGUGCCAAACUGGGCAUUCCUGACCUGUGCGGUCGGCCUAUUUCUAUACCAACUGUUGGACGCGUUGGACGGGAAACAGGCGGUCAAAGUACAGGACACACCCAUUGAGGAGGUGUACGAUCACGGCUGCGACGCUGUGUCCGCUUUUCUGGUCACCCAAUCCGUCACAAUCGCCGCUCAGUUGGGCGACAGUCCUGUCCAGCAGUUUAUCUUCUUUAUUGUGCCGUUGAUUGCCUUUUAUAUGACACACUAUUGCUGUCACGUGACAAGGGUUAUGGUGUUUGGCCGGAUUGACGUGAUAGAGGGUCAGUGGGCUAUCAUAAUAGUCCAUACCCUGGCCUACGGGUUUGGGCAGCAAAUAUUUAUGCGCCGAUUGUUUCUGUUGGACAUCACCGUUAGGGAUGUGCUCUUUGCGCUGACCAUACUAUCACUAAUUGGAUCCAUUGUGAGCAACGGGCGGUUGAUAUUAGGGGCCGACACACCGAUGGACCGAUACGUACGGAUCCCUCGUAUGACUGGUCUCACCAAAUGGUAUCCAUUGGUUUCGCUCGUGAUUUUGAUCCUAUUGUCAGUCAUGGGAUUCAAUAGACAAGUGUUUCACACAAAUCCUCUUUUAUUUAUUAUUACAUUUGGUUUGGCUUUUGCUAAGUUGUCGUUUAAAUUGCAGAUGAUGAAUGUAACCCACGGAGUGAUGUCUAGAUUUGACACAUGUAUUAUCGCACCCGUGGUUUUGGUCUUAAAUUCUUACGCUAACCUAUUGUCAAACAAUACAUGCCUAGUGGUGGCCCUCCUGUACGCCCUUUGCGAUCAUGUGUUGUAUUUUUCGCUCUCAAGUAUAGAUAUGAAGAGGGCUUUAGAUCUG